AUGGAAACGACACCGUGCGCAUCUGAGGCUGGUGGGGAGAAGAGGAUGGGAGCCCUGGAAGUGGAGCGGUGGAUGGGGCCGGAUCAAGAGUUGCUACUAAGCGGAGAGGGGAUUGCUGUGAUGGCAGGGUACACAGUGAUUGCCGCGAGAAUGGUCGGAGGGGAGGAGGGGCUUCCUGUGGAGGAGGGCAACGUGGAGCUGAUGCGACGUGUGGCGGUGGUGACAGGGGCGGGUGUGUCUGCAGCAUCAGGCGUGCCCACCUUCAGAGGGGCGGGUGGGCUCUGGCGCAGUUAUGAUGCCACGGUGGGUGCCAUGCCACGUUGUCACCCCCCUUCCUCCCUUCCCUCGCCCUCGCCCCUUGCACCUUCGCCCUUCUCACCCCUGCGCCCACAGGAGCUGGCAACCCCACAGGCGUUUGCGGCGGACCCAUCGCUGGUGUGGGAGUUCUACCACUACCGCAGGAGUGUGGUGGCACGGUGCACACCCAAUGCGGGCCACGAGGCGCUGGUGCAGCUGGAGUUUCGCUGCCAGCGGGAGGGCAAGGCAUUCACGCUCCUCACACAGCAUCGCAAUGUGGAUGGACUGCCAUGCUCGGCUGGGGCAGUAACAUCUUCAGCUGCUUGCACCAUUGCCGUCACAUGUGCCCUCGUCUUGCCUGCACGGCCCUGCUGCACUCCUCGCUGUGCAUUGGCGGCAUGCCCACCAUCGCCCCCCACCCAUCGUCACCCCUCACCAUCCCCUGGCAAACCUCAGAACGUGGACGGGCUGCACACAGCGGCGGGCAGGAGCGCGCUGGUGGAGCUGCAUGGCUGCCUCUGGCGCACCCGCUGCCUAGCCUGUGGGGACAUCGCAUAG